AUGUUUCUUUUUCUAUAUAUUUUCCAUCUAUUCUUUCUUUCUUUCUUUCUUUCUUUUUUCUUUCUUUCUUUGAGAAAUGAUGGCAUCGAGAAUACCACAUGUAAAUUAAAUUGUACUCUAUUCGUUCUCAUCUUACCUGGAUCUAUCUAUCUAUCUAUCUAUCUAUCUAUCUAUCUAUCUAUCUAUCUAUCUAUCCAUCUAUCUCUCUCUCUCUCUCUCUAUAUAUAUAUAUAUAUAUAUAUAUGUUCAGAAGCUUUUUCUUUUUUUUCCUUUCUUCGUUUGCUAGUUGGUUUCUUUCUUUAUUAUGUGAUAUUUUUCUUUCUUUUUCUUUGGUUUUUUAUUCGUUUCUUUCUUUCUUUCUUUCUUUCUUUCUUUCUUUCUUUUCUUUCUUUCUUGUCUCUCUUCUAUUUCCAUCUUUCCUCAUUUCAUUUUCUUCUUUCUUUCUUUCUUUCUUUCUUUCUAAUUUGGUAUUUUUUUCUUUGGAUUCCCUUUCUUUCUUUCUUUUUCAAUACAAUUUCUUUCUUUCUUUUUCAUUACAAUUUCUUUCUUUCUCAUAUGAUAAUUUUCUUUUUCUUCUUCAUAUUUGUUUUCUUUCUUUCCUUCUUUCUUUCUUUCUUUCUUUCUUUCUUUCUUUCUUUCUUUCUUUCUUUCAUUCUCAUUUGUCAUUUUUCUUUUUUCUUUGGACACACUUUCCUUCCUAGUUUCUUUCUUUCUAUCUUUCACUUUCGUUCUUUCUUUCUUUCUUUUUUGUCUUUCUUUGUUUCCCUUUCUUUCUUUCUUUCUUUCUUUCUUUCUUUCUUUCUUUCUUUCAGUUUCUUCUUUUCCUUCCUUAUUUCACUUUUUUACUUUCUAAUUUGUUACUUUUCUUUUUGCUUUGUGUUUACUUUCUUUCUUUCUUCUUUUUAUUUUCACUUUCUUUCUCCUUUGAUAUUUCUUUUUUAUUUAUUCUGGUUCACUUUUUUUUCUUACUUUCAUUUUUUUCUAUAUUUCCUUCUUUCCUCAUUUCAUUUUUUCUUUCUUUCUUUCUUUCUUUCUUUCUUUCUUUCUUUCUUUCUUUCUUUCUCUUUCUCUCUUUCUUUCUAA